CUCAGCUCCAUAACGUUCCCUUCACAGCACCCAAGACCUUCAAGAAGACACCCAGAGGAGAUGCUGAGUAUCUGGUUGAGGUAGAGAAGCUGAUUGUAAGGUGGAAUGACAACAGCGUGGUCACUGUGGUGUCGAACAUGGAGAGGGAGUUCACCGAAACUGAGGCGAAGAGAUGGAACAAACAGAAGCGGACCAUGGACAAGGUCAGACAGCCCAAGUGUAUCCAGGACUACAACACACACAUGGGAGGAGUGGACCUGCAUGACCAGUUUGUCAGCCGCUACAGAGUCAACAUCCGGUCCAAGAAGUGGUGGUGGCCAUGCUUCAGCUGGGCCCUGAACAGUGCCAUGGUGAACAGCUGGUGCUAUUACAGGUCCUGGAAAAGCGGGCAGAAGGAUCUCCUCUCCUUCCAGAGGCUGGUAGCCCUGACCCUCCUUCUGCGCCAUGGAACAAAGCCAAGUAGGCAGGGCAGAAGGUCUUCAAUGGCGGUGGCGAUAACUGAUGCCACCAGGUUUGAUAGUUUGAACCACUGGCCCUGCAACACUGGUAGCAGGUACAAGCGAUGCAAGAACUGUGGCGGACGCACAUCAUUUGCGUGUGGAAAGUGUGAUGUGCCACUACAUGUGGAGUGCUUCAAGAAGUACCACACUGAGUAGAACAUGCAUGAAAGAUGAUGGAAUGUAUGGGAAGAAAUAUGUUAUAUAUAUAUAUAUAUAUAUGUUUUUAGAGGUUCUAAGAAAAAACUGUUUGUUGAGGUUUUGAGUAUAAAAAAAUUGAGAAUAAAGAAACCAGUUCAAAUUGUUUGUUGUUUUGAAUUUUAUACAGGGGGAACCUGAGGCUCCACCUUUUUGUUAUUAUUUAAUAUGACUUUAUUAUUAUUUUGUUAUUACUAUCUUAUUAUUAUUAUUUCUCUAUUAUUAUUAGGUGACAUUUGACCUAGUGACAAGCUGUGUGACUACUGGCAACAAUUGUUGCCAGUCAUAAAAAUGCUAUUUUCUUCAAAACAAAGUACAAAAUGGAAAAAAUAAAUACAUAAUAUGAUUCAGAGGGACUCAACUGAUAAAAUGAUAUGCCUUACAACUCUGAAAAAAAUCUGGGCACAAAUG